AUGGCAGCCGCUGUGGUCUGGGUGACUGCUUUCAGUUUACUUUUAGUGGCUAGCGGUAAAAGAUACGAACCAAACUGGAAUUCUCUGCAGAGUCGACCACUACCUCCGUGGUACGAUGAGGCAAAAUAUGGUAUUUUCAUCCACUGGAGUGUAUUUUCGGUACCGAGCUAUGUGUCAGCUUGGUUUUGGUACGCCUGGGAAGUGCAGAAAAACCCAGCCAUUGUCAAGUAUAUGGAGGACAACUUUCCACCAGGUUUCACUUAUGCAGACUUCGCUCCAAUGUUUACAACGGAGUUUUUCAAUGCAGACGAAUGGGUGGAUUUGUUUAAAGAUGCUGGUGCAAAAUUUAUAGUGUUUGUGACGAAGCACCAUGAAGGGUACUGCAACUGGCCGUCCAAAUACUGCUGGAACUGGAACUCUGCUGAUGUUGGUCCCAGGCGAGAUCUUGUUGGUGAACUUGCCUCAUCUGUGCGGAAAAGAAGUGACAUUCAUCUAGGACUGUAUCACUCACUGUUUGAGUUCAUGAACCCUCUCUUCAUUAAGGAUCAAGCCAACAACUUUACAACCAAUGACUUUGUUGUUACCAAGACGAUGCCUGAACUGUAUGAGUUGGUGAACAAGUACAAGCCAGACAUCGUCCACUCGGAUGGGGACUGGAUGGCACCUGACACAUACUGGAACUCCACGGGCUUCCUCGCAUGGUUGUACAAUGACAGCCCAGUGAAAGAUACUGUGCUAGUGAGUGAUGCUUGGGGCAUUGGCUGUGGAUGCAAACAUGGAGGAUACUUCACCUGUGGGGAUAACUUCAACCCUAAAACACUUCAGAAGUUCAAGUUUCAGAACCAGAUGUCGAUAGACAAAUCUGGGUGGACUUGGAGACGGACUGCACAAGUUGGUGACUUUCACACAGUGGAGGAGCUGAUCACACAGCUAGUUCAGACUGUCAGUUGUGGUGGAAACUUUUUGAUGAAUAUCGGACCAGAAAAGGAUGGGACAAUUAAUCCAAUAUACCAGGAGAGACUGCAGCAGAUGGGUCAGUGGUUGAGAGUGAAUGGAGAAGCCAUCUAUGCCACAAAACCAUGGUUAUUUCAAAAUGACACAGUAACGCCAGAUAUUUGGUACACAGCGAAAAAUAUGUCUGAUGGAAAUGUGGCAGUGUAUGCAAUUAGCCUCACCUGGCCAGAAGGUGGAAUUCUGUCAAUGAAGGACCCAAUCCCAUCGUCAUCAACAACCGUAUCCAUGCUCGGUUACCAGGGCAACUUUGACUGGACACCUCAACCGCUUGGUGGAAUGAAUAUCUAUAUACCUCCCAUACCUUUUAAUAAAUUACCAAGCAAAUGGGCAUGGGUCUUCAAGAUGGAGAAUCUUAAAAACAUGAGAUAAACAUUUUGAUAAUGGUUCAGUUUCAUUGAUACUUACUUACUUUGUAGUAAAUCAUGUAAAAUUAUUUUUAUAGACAUUUAUGGUUGUACAUUUCAACAAUUACUCUUGAUUUAGUUUAUUCAUUGAUUGGUAUUUUAUAUGUAUAAAAAUAUAAAUAAUAUAUUGAUGAA